AUGCCUUCGCCUAGGAAAUCUGUCCGCAAGCGGGUUAAUAUAAGCUAUGCCAAACUCAUGAGUGACGAAUCCGAUGAUGAGUUCUUCAAUGACAAAUUUGAAACGAAGCCUUUAAAGAGGAAGCAAACAGCAAAUAGUGAUGAAGACGAGUUCAUUGACGAUUUUCCUCCAUCCUCACCCCCAAAGAAGCCGAAAGCCAAAAAAGUUACUAACUCAAGCACAAAAAAUCAAAAAUCUACUAAGGAAUCGCCCCAAACAGUAUCUAAAUCUACCCAACUACUCUCAAAACGGCCUAUUGUUGCUGUUGCGAAAAUCGACGCCUCUCCUAUUCCCAAUUCAGAAAGAUUCACUGCGCAAGAAGUUAGUACAAAAUCGUUAUCUUCGAUUGCUCCUACAAAGUCGCCCAAUCCUCCUUCCACUCCUAUGGCCAAAAAUUCAGCGACGUUUUAUGUUACUCCCCCUUCCGGUCUUCGCAUUGGACUUUCACGGAAAAAUGUCAAAAAGACUCUUCACCCACAUAUCCGAUUGACAAACUAG